AUGUCUACAACCAACUCUGUCUUCGACGCCAUCGGCCUCGACCUCCUGGGCAUCCCCCUCGCCGAGUCCUUCUUCCCCGACGUGGAGCCCCAAUAUUCCAUCCUCAGGGUAGGCGCUGGCCUAUCCCAGCCAGGCGACUCCACAGCCAGCACAGGAGGCAGCGUGCCAGGCGUCGCCCUCUUCAGCCCGAACGGCGAACGCGUCGGCUUCAAAGCCGGCAGCGCCGACGAGAUCAUCGAGGAAGGAAACUUCAAGGACAUCAAGAUCGCGCCCAUCAAGAGCCAGAACACCAUUAACAUAGAGUACAUGAGCGUCGUCGCAGGCGGCGACAACGCCCUCUGCAUCGCGUACCUGGCCCUCACCCCGCCGAGCAAGGACUACUGGGCGCUGUACGGCGACGUCCCCAAGAGCUGCGGCGCAGCCUGGUACCACUCGAACCUGCCGAUCCAGCUGGACGGCCAGCCGUACAAGCCCGCCUGUUUCUGGAUCGGGGCGCCCCGUGAGGACACGGGGCUGCCGACGAACAAUUUCCCCAUGGGCAUCGGGCUGCACACGAUCGACUUCGACAGCAACGAGGCCCUCCAGAUCCAGUACAACGAGCACCCGGAUACCCUGUGCAAGAGCAAGCCCCGACUGCACAUGUACGCGAUGCUCUCGGAGAUGAGCUGUCUGCCUAUCUUUGACCCGCCGCUGCCUCCCAGGAAUGGCGGGGGCGACGAGGAUUUCGGCGACUUGUUCACGCAGGGGGAGGCCAAGUGCGAGCCCAGCGCCAACGACAUCGAUCCCUUCCCUUGGGGCGACCAGCAGCAUCGUUUGCAGAAGUGGCAGCAGCAGGGGAAGGACUAUAAGCCCUCCUACGGGGUCAAGAGGCGUUCCGUUCUGUCUAGUAACGACAACAGCGAUAACUAUUGUACCCAUCCAGACGAGCUCAUUGAAAGUUCCUAUCCCGGUCACACUGCUUCGGAGCUCUGUCGUGACCCUAACGCCAAGGGGCCAGACUUCGUCUCGCAUGCUGAGGGGCUCAUGUGUGAUAUGUGUACGAGGACUUUGUGGCCUCUGUGCCGGGACGAGUUCGAGGAGGAUUGCUUUGACGUCGAGGCCAAGCAGCUUCGUCGACAGGGGCAGAUCGAUCAUGAGCAGUGGAACAUUACUGCGCAUACUAAGGUUGCAGUUGGGCAGGCCAGGGUGUAUAAGAAGACCACCAAGUGGGAUUGA